AAAGUUAGGGGGAGAAGAGAAAAGACAACUCAAAACUAAUCACAGGCGCUUUUUCUUGAUUCCCUGGAAGAUUCCUCUAUUCUCUUUCUCUCUCUCUCUCUCUCUCUCUUCAUAUUCGCCAUCACCACCUCUCUUCGAUCGAUAUCAAAAACCCCAUUUGCCAUAAAACAAUUUUGCAUUCCAAAAUCCUCCAGAAAAAUUGUUCACCACCCAUCACACAAUGACGGCCUCCUCCACUGAAAACUCAGUUGACAGCAGCGUCUCUUCUUUCUCCAAACUUGCUCCUCUUGAAGCAGUACUGUUCGACGUUGAUGGAACUCUAUGUGAUUCAGACCCUCUUCAUUACUAUGCCUUUCGCGAGACGCUUCAAGAGAUAGGUUUCAAUGGUGGGGUUCCAAUUGAAGAGCAAUUCUUCAUUGAGAAUAUUAGUGGAAAGCAUAAUGAAGAUAUUGCUAAAGUGCUUUUUCCUGAUGAUCACCAAAGGGGUCUAAAAUUCAUGGAUGAUAAGGAAACUAUGUAUCGGAGAUUGGCAAAGGAACAAUUGCCGCCUGUGAAUGGCUUAUACAAAGUCAAGAAAUGGGUCGAAGAUCGUGGCUUAAAACGGGCUGCAGUCACUAAUGCUCCUAGAGAAAAUGCUGAACUCAUGAUCUCACUGCUAGGCCUUUCUGAUUUCUUUGAUGCUCUUAUCCUUGGGAGUGAGUGUGAACGUGCCAAACCAUUCCCAGACCCCUACUUGAAAGCUCUUGAACUACUCAAAGUGUCAAAGGAUCACACUUUCAUCUUUGAGGAUUCUGUUUCAGGCAUAAAAGCCGGGGUUGCAGCCGGCAUGCCUGUUGUUGGUUUAACGACCAGAAAUCCCGAACACCUAUUGAUGGAAGCAAAACCUGCGCUUCUUGCAAAGGAUUAUGAAGAUCCAAAAUUGUGGGCUGCUCUGGAGGAGAUUGAUAGAAAGUCUGGUGCAGCAACAACCGCAUAGUGAAACAUAUAUCUGUGAGGUGACGAGUAGAAAAUUCUAUAGUAAAGUAUUUGAAUAACUAUGUUGUAGAGGAACAGUUGGAUCCUCUUUAGGCGGAUAAGGGCUAACCCAGUGCACGAGAUUCCUGCCACUACGAGAUCUGGGGAGAAUUUGAUGCGUGCCAAAAAAACAUAUUACAACAUAUUAUUGUAUGCCAACAAUUGAGUUUUGCCUCAUAAUUGAUGUCUAGAGCUUUGAUUGAGCUCUAUAAUUUUAUUCUCA